AUGCCGUCGCUUUUAGAAGCGAUCGUAGAGAAGUACGAAUGUUUUGAAGACGAUACAUUCGAUCAGAUGCCUAUAGCAAUAUAUGUGCCACGUAAAAAUCCCAGGAAUAUGAUACCUAAUUUAUUGGUAUUAAAUGACUGUGAUAUUGAUUCCGCCGGCCAAGAAUCCGACUUGAGAGAUAAAUGUCAUGGUGUUGAAGAAUUGGAUUUAGCUCAGAACUGUUUGUCUAGAUGGAGUGAAAUAUUCAAAAUAUUACAUAUUAUGCCGAGACUGAAAUUCGCCAAUCUAAGUUUUAACAAUUUAAGUUCUGAUAUAAAUAGCGCGAUUGAGGUUUGCGACGACACUGGAGAAACAUACCCGUGUUUGAAGAGUAUCGUGUUGAAUUCUACAAAUAUUACAUGGCGCAGCUUUAGGCACAUAUUGAAACGAAUACCCAUGGUCGAAGAAAUACAUUUGAGUAUGAAUAAUUACGACGUUAUCGACUUGGAUGACGACGAACAUUGUCAACAUAUUCAAAUGCCCUCAGUGAAAAGGUUACAUUUUACAGGAAACCCUGUGUCUACGUGGUCUGAAGUGUGUAAACUAGGUCGAGCAUUUCCAAAUCUUGAAUCAUUGGUGCUUGCUGAAUGUCCCUUGCAGUCACUUAUGACUCCACCACCUUCGCCGGAUUCUCACCUAGGACUGUUGUCCUACCCAAGACAAGGGAGUGGAUUUUGUAAUAUGACGUUGGAUUCACCACACGAUGCAUUUACACAUCUCAGAUUCCUAAAUCUAAACAGAACCUUAAUUCGAACGUGGGACGAUGUUGACAUCCUGGGACGCUUUCCUGCAUUAAGAUACUUAAGGAUACAAGGCUGCCCGAUAUUCGAAGAAAACUCUGAAAGACAAGAAUACACAGAACACGAACGCAGACAAUUGUUGAUUGCACGAUUAACGUGCAUACAAACUUUGAAUGGUGGAGCAGAAAUUACAGCUGAUGAUAGAGAAGAUGCUGAACGGUUUUUAAUAAGAUAUUACAUGGAUAAACCUGAAAACGAACGACCAGAGAGGUAUAAUGAAUUGGUUCAAAUUCACGGAAAACUUGAUCCUUUAGUAAAUAUAGACUUGACACCUGAAAGUAAAGUUCAGGUGAAGAUUAUUUGUGGUGACAAAUGUGAACAACAUAUUUUAGAUGUAUAUCAGACAGUAAACGAACUCAAACAAAAAUUUGAAAAAUUUUCCGGUAUACCAGCACACCGUAUGCGGGUGUUUUAUAUGGAUCAACAUGUGUGUUCAGUUAUUGGUCCCGAAGAAAUGAAGUUUCCAAACAAGAGAUUAUAUAGUUACAACAUAGUUAAAGGAGAUCAGAUAAUAGUUGAUUCAAAAAAAUGA